GUCGGAGAACCCGAAGCGGCCGUUUGAGAUUCAUAAUAUCGUCUGGAGGCUCACACAGCUUUUGGCCGUGAUAAUAUAUAUCAUAUGAUAUAGAUAUCUAUGUAUAAUAUGAUAUUAUUUAGAUAGAGAGCUCCAGGACUGUAAGGCAAGUUAGAGUCGCAGUUCUGAUAAAUUAAAUGUAGAAAAAUACAAACUUAAGCUAUGGGGGGGGCCUCUCCCAACCACUAAGCACACAUAAAGCUGUUGGAAGGCCGCACUGGGUCACAAGAAGCGCAACGUCUGUCACCUCCCUGCACCCGCCCAUUCCCCAACAGCGCCAUGGAGCAGGAGGUAGGCAGCACAGCAACUGGCACCGGCAACCAUCUGCUUGCUACCCCUGGAGUCAGCCUGCUGCAGGCUGCCCAGGCCAUCCUCCAGGUGGAAGAUGGGGAAAGGCCCUGGGAUGUCGCCCUGGGAGAGCGUGGCCUACCGAGGGCUUUUCCAAGUCCUCCGAGAACAAGGUCUGGUAGCAGAACGGGAGUGCACCAGCGAACAGGACUCAGCCUGCACCGUAUUGGAUGGCUUCUACUGCCAGGAGCCCAACCAGGAAUCAGGCUGCACUCUGGCUCAGAAACACACCCAGUGUAAUGGUGUCCAGAUGACUAAAUUACCUGGAACCAGGGGCACUGACACGGUCUGUGAGGACUGCAAGACUGGGUAUUAUUCUACAGGUGGUAAUAAAUGUACAGAAUGGAAAAGCUGCGGGAAUGGAAAGGUGCUGCAAAAGGGAAGCCAAACCAAAGACGCGGUCUGCAACACAGCCCCAAGAAGACAUCACUAUGUUGUAAUAGUAUCAGUGCUGCUGCUGUUGUUGCCUGGUUAGUUAAAGGAGAAAUCAGGUGUAAAAUGGAUCUGGGAUAUGUUUGGUAUGAUAACGAGUUGGAAUGCUCGUUUGGGAGCAAAAAAGCGCAUAUAGACGUAUUCUUAAGUUGGCUGUUUUUAGCAGAUUCUACCAAAACGCUAUAAACUUGGAACGAUAGGGGCAUGUCUCAUGGUAAAAACUAAAUCGCUAUUUUAAACCACUUCCAAGGCUAGAAGUAGCCCGACACUUCUUUGGUAGUAUAAUAAGGGUCUUAACAUGUAAAACAAGGCUUGAUUACUUUGUAAGUGUACAGAUUGUUUAUUAAAAAGGAUGGGUAGAUUGGCGAACACAGAGCUUGUGACAUCCGUCAACAACACGCAAGCUCUGUGUUCGCUAGGGGUGUAACGGUACACGUAUUUGUACCGAACCGUCACAGUACAGGCACUUCGGUGCGGUUAGAGGUAUACCGCGAUACGUAAAUGUGGCGUACAUAGCGUUAAUAUGGCGAAUGCAAAGGCUUGUUUUGCGAUGCAGAAUUUAAAACUUGAAGUAGGAGUUCCACACGGACCGUUUAGCCCAAGUAUACUACUCCAACUCUGUAAUCCGACUCCGUAACUACGGAGACCCCUCAGCAGCUCUCUGUUGGGAUGUCGAAUAUGCAAUGCAAUUCACCGCCCGAUCUAUCUUAUAUGUUGACUACAAACCAUGUAAGCAAUGUUGUAAAUAAACUUCCAAAGCUUUUCAAAUCUUA